GAUCAGCGCUUGUGUUUUCGGUUUCGUUGUUUGGUGCUUGUAGAUCGAUGUGAUUAUGGCUGCGGGUCCAAUUGCUGAACGUAAUCAAGAUGCUACCAUAUAUGUUGGCGGGUUGGACGAGAAAGUUACAGAAGCCCUUAUGUGGGAACUCUUUGUUCAAUCGGGGCCAGUUGUCAAUGUUCACAUGCCGAAAGAUCGUGUCACACAGAUGCAUCAAGGGUAUGGAUUUGUCGAAUUUAUGGGAGAGGAGGAUGCAGACUAUGCAAUUAAAAUAAUGAAUAUGAUCAAACUUUAUGGUAAGCCGAUUCGUGUGAACAAGGCAUCAGCUCAUCAGAAGAAUCUCGAUGUCGGAGCUAACAUCUUUAUCGGCAAUCUUGACCCAGAAGUUGACGAGAAGCUAUUAUAUGAUACAUUUUCAGCUUUUGGAGUUAUUCUGCAAACACCGAAGAUCAUGCGUGAUCCAGAAACCGGCAACUCCAAAGGCUUUGCUUUUAUUAACUUUGCCAGUUUCGAUGCUUCAGAUGCAGCAAUUGAAGCAAUGAAUGGACAAUAUUUGUGUAACAGACCUAUUUCGGUGUCUUAUGCAUUUAAGAAAGAUGCAAAAGGAGAACGACAUGGGUCAGCUGCUGAGCGCCUCCUAGCUGCACAGAAUCCACUGUCUCAGGCAGAUCGGCCGCAUCAGCUGUUUGCAGAUGCUCCACCUCCAAUACCACCACCACCUGCGCCAAUGCCUCCGCAGCAGCUGCCUCCUGUCCCUGUGCCACCUGUUCCAGUAAUGAUGGGCGCUAUGCCUCCCCCACCUCCUCAGAUGGCUCAUAUGCAUCCUAUGCAUGCUCCUCCUCCACCACCUCCUACAUCCAUGCCUGUUGCUGUUCCAAGACAUCCUCCUCCACCACCACCCAUACCACCUCAGCACCCACCACCAAUGCCACCAGGUGUGCCUCCACCUCCUCCAGUGCCUCCUAUGAGCAGGGCAGCACCACCCCCACCAGUGCCACCACCGCCACAUGUUGCUGCUUCCGUUGCUAGUGGUCUACCUCAGAUGCCACCACCAGUCUCAAUGCCACCUCCACCACCACAACAGCCUCCUCCUCCACAGCAACAGCAGCAACCACAACAAGCACAGCAGCAGGUGCCUUCGAUACCACCACCACCACAAGCCCCACCACCACCAAGAAUGAUGCCACCUCCAUGGCAAGGUCAACAAUUUCCCCCACCACCACCAACUCAGUUUACACCUGGUCAGUUUCCUCCUCCGCCUCCACAUGGUGCACCACCACCAGGUUGGCGGCCACCACCACCUGUUCGUCCUCCAUUUGGACGGCCACCAUUUCCACCAAGAGGUCCACCUCCACCACCUCGUGGACUGAGACCACCACCACCACCGCAACCAGGACAACAACCUGAUGCUACUGCUGCAUAUAAUGGUUACCAGGAUCAGACAGGAAACUUCCAGAAUGGAUAUUCCACUUAACUUGUACAGUUAAUUAUAUGUGUGAGUGACUUGGUGCACUGUGAACUACAGAUUUACAAUAAAUAGUACCACAGUGUGAAAGCCCUGUGAAGAUUGUGAUUUUUUUUAUCUGUGACUAUGAAUAAUUUGCAAGGGAAGCAACGUGUCUCUUGUAAACCUUUUGUUUGUGUUUGCUUACAUACACUAUUGUACUGUGACAUGGACAUUUAGUUAAAUUGAAAUGCUUGAGAAUCGAUGUUAUUAAGUUGCUGUGUGCUUACAUUUGUGACUUUUGUACCUUUAUUUUGAGGACAGUUUUAAUUCCGAGUGAAACUGGUGGAAAUGAAUAAUUCUAGUGUGUGUUAGACUGACUUUAAACAAAUAUUGUUUCUAUUUGGAAUUGGCCAAACAACUUUUGUGUACGGAACAAAUUAUAAGAUAAAUUAGUGUGCUGCAUGCUAAAUCCACCAAUAGAAGAAAAUGUUGAAGGACGUCAGCCCUCAGCACUGGUUCAGGAAUGUCUAUAAAGAGAGUGGUCCAUCAAAACAACUCCCCAAAGCCAAGAUCUAAGGUUCAAAACAUGGAGCAGUAGAUGGUAAUAUAGGAGUCAUUCACUACAUGGAGCUGGAUGGCAGGUAUGUUGCUCAUCACUGAUGAAUAUUAAGGGGUGAGGUACUCACAUCUGAACCCGUGACUAUGAGAAAAUAUUGUGUACGUAUGCAGUCAAAGAUGUAGAGUUUACCAUUCUGCUGAAGAGGUGGCAUGUAAGAUAUUUACUUGAUAUGUUGCAAGGUGAGGUGACUUGAGUUGUCACCAUGAUCUGGUACACCUAUUGUGGAUCAGGCUUCUCUUUUGAAUAAUCACAAAGUGGCCAGUAGUUGUGAGCCACAUCAGCAAACUUCAUGUGGAACCAGCAGAGCUGUCCCCAUACAGGAAUGUCAACAUGUGAGAUGUUGUUCCUGGAUAUGUGAAUGCCUGUUGUCCUCGGCUGAAGGUCACCACCCCCACUAGCAGGGUUGAUGUCAUGCUCAGCACUGGUUGGGUGUGGCCAGUCUCAUUUGGCUGUGCCUAGACAGCUGGCAUAGUGUAGCUGCUGUGAGCCCUGUUUGGAGAUAUUGUUGUGUAACACAUAACUUUGCUGAAGCAUUUUUCCGAACUGAUGUAUGUUGGUUAUCACUGUAAAAAGUUUAUUUUUGUACUGAAUUAGUAUAAACUACUGUUUGAAUGAAUAUUUCAUUUAUGCAUAUGUGUUAUGAAAUGGAUGGAUGCAACAUAUUUCCAAGUCAGAAUGAUAAUAAACACUGUACCAAGUUUGUGGUACCUGCCAAUUGGACAAUUUAUUCCUUGUUGUGAGGUCAUGCCUUGGAGAUAUGGUGUGAUCCAUGGGGUAAAGCAGCUGUGAUGAUCAUGGGAACAAGAGAAAACUUGUUAUAUACUUAUUCAAUUGGAAUAUGUUAAAUAAGGUAGAAUGUUUUUGGACUUAGUCCUUAUCAAUGUAUUUGUGACGUUCUGCAUAAUGAAGAAACUUUGUAAUGUGUGAUCAUUGUAAACAAGAGUACAAUAUAUGAUACAUUUUUUGUGA